AUGAAGCCUCGUUCCAAAUCCGAUUCCUACUCCUUUGUAGUCGAUAAAGCGAUGGAGGUCCAAGAGGCUAAAGAAGCUGUCAGGUCCGCAAAAGCUAGGUUGUUCGAAGAGGCUAUGGAGCUCAAGCGAGAGUCGGAGCGCCAGAAGGAAAUCCUAAUUCAACGGGAAAAUAUGAACUACUGGCUCCUCAAGGUCUGGACCAGAUCAUUCUCCCAACUCUCGUUAUUUAUCUUUGCCACACUCUCGAUCACUUACGCCACUUGCCUAUUUAUCUUCUCUUGCCUUCGCCGCAACGACAUCGAAUUGGAUCUCAAAGCUAUCAUGUUGGAGUUCAGAGCUAUCAAGUUUCGCCCUGUUACCAUGCCACUCCUCAAAACCACUUUGGACCAACAAGGUAGACACUUUUGCGAAGAAAUGUCUAACAUUGCACAGUGUUACGAAACUUCUGGGGAAUUAGAUAUCACAGCGGCCAUUGUCACGUUGGUUAUAGCACUUAUAUAUAUCUUGGUCUUCCUUUUGGUAGCCAACAUGCGCUUUUCUUAUGAGAUGGCUAAGUUGCAAGGCAGACUGGAUAAGCAUGAGGGCCGCUUGAACACCAAGAUUAAAUCAGAGGUCCAGGGGAAGAGUUACAUUGAGAACAACAGUCACCUUGUGCUUGGUAGUAUCGAAACAAUGCGUCUUUGA